CAAUGGCGACGAGUAGGCAUUGAUAUAAGUAUUUUAAACUUGUUAUUUCUUGUGCUCCUAAUCAUGAUCUACAGCAUAAUAUCUCGCAAUAACCACAACGGUGAUGACCACGGGUCCCAGGCAGCAGUAGCUUCGUGAUGAACGCUACUAUUGUCGUUGACGACGUCGUCGGCGUUGAGUGGGACUCGUAAAGUUAGAUGCGUACUUGGGUUAUAAGCUUAUGUAAUCGUCAAACUCCCUGUGAAACCCCCCCUUCUCAUUUAGCGACCUUGUCGUUGUGCUCAUUGUCGUCCUCGCCGUCUUCCCCGUUGACCACAUAGCUUUCAAAAUGAACUCGUCAUCCCGUCCAGCAUCUUCCUCGACACGUCCUGCAGUAUCCCCAAAUCCUAGACCUCAAGCCCAAGUGAAUACCCACACAAAAGUCAUAGACACUACACACGGCCGUAUCCUUUGCGUUGCAGACAUCCGUGGCCGCCUCUCUGGCCUAAAUGAUCUUGCACGCGAGGCGAAUGCGAAAGCUAUCAUUCAUACCGGCGACUUUGGUUUUUUCGAAAGCAACAGUCUAGAUCGCAUAAAUGACCGCACGCUGCGUCAUCUGACGAUGUAUUCGCCACUAAUACCAUCAUCACAGCGUGCCCACUUCCUCGCACCUGACAACACCGCCCAAGCAAUCCGCGCCACCGUCGACAUUUCUCUCCUCUCUGAAUUCCCUCUCCUUCUCUCAGGUCAACUCAAGCUCUCUGUCCCUGUAUAUACUGUUUGGGGUGCUUGCGAGGAUGUUGUCAUUCUCGAGAAGUUCCGCGCUGGCAUAUACAACAUCGACAACCUCCACAUCCUCGACGAGGCAACUACUCACUGCCUCGACGUUGGAGGCGUCAAACUUAGGCUUCUUGGUCUGGGCGGUGCACUCGUUCCCCACAAAAUGUUUGAUAAUGGUGAUGGCAGCGCCACAAUCGCUGGUGGACAGGGUACCAUGUGGACAACCGCACUCCAGAUCGGCGAGCUUGUCGAUACCGCCCAGCGCGUUUUCGAUCCCACCGAGACACGUCUCCUUGUCACACAUGCCAGCCCCGGCCGUGAGGGUAUAAUUGUACAACUUGCACUCGUUCUCAAGGCCGAUCUCUCUAUUAGCGCGGGGCUUCACUUCCGUUAUGCCUCCAGUUAUAACGAGUUCAGCGUGCAAAGCGAUCUCGAAGGCUUCCGCCACAAGCUCGUUGCUGGAAAGGAAGCUUUUGAUAAAGUUUGGGACAGUGUAAAACAGCAGGUAGAAACCGUUAUCGAUGAGCAUCAGCGAGUCCUGCUUGGCAAGGCCCUGAGUGUUGUUGAGAGGGUGCCGAAUCCACAGGGUCCAGAAGAGCCCUCUUGGAAGAACUGUUGGAAUUGGAACCUAUGCGAUGCUGCGUUCGGUUCGCUUGUGUUGGAUGUCAAGGAUGGCAGAAUCAGUGCCGAGUUGAAGAGCCAGGGUUUCAACUAUGCGUACCGUCGCACCGCGACGCCCAGUAAUGUUGCACCAACACCAAAUUCAACAACGUCUUCACUACCAAAUGCUACCUCGAACCCUCCCACCAAGGGUUCAACACCCAUUCAGGCUGAAAAACCUCUCUCACCACAUCCAAGGGAGGUCAAGUCUCCUCUGGCCUCUGUACCAUCUGGUAAAGUGACUCCCAAAGAAUCAUCUCCGUCCACGCCUGCACCUCCCAAAUCUAACGGGAGUGGAACACCUGCACCACCGUCAGACAAGGCUAAAAAAGAAAGGCAGAAACAGAAAGAGAAGAAAGAACGCAGGGACCGUGAGCGCGCAGAAGCGAAGGAGAAGGAGGCUUCUACAUCCGAAGAGAAAGCUGAUCCUGUUGUGAAUGCACCUAUUCCAGCUCCAGCAUCUGCCCGUGCUCCAACUCCGGCGUCUGCCCCUACCCCUGCAGUAGCACCAGAGCCGAAAUCAGGCAAAGCGACACCUGAAGUGCCCAUCACCGAUGCACGCGAAGGGAUGAAGUCGCCAACAACAGACAGUACGGGCACGAGGACACCGACAAGCAAGCGGCCAUCGAGACAUCCUUGGACAUUAUUCGUCAAACUCCCUCAACAAUCAACGGAAGAAGAAGUCAGGACGUUCUUUGGUGGUGAGGCGGCGGGAGUGACGAAGGUGAUUUUCCUUCCAAGCAAGGGGUCCCCGCAUCAACAUCAGCCUCAACGUACUAGACACGUGGUCUUAGUAGAGUUCGGUGACGAAGAGACCAUGAAGACAGGAUUGGGGAAGAAUGAUGAGAAAAUGGGCGAGAGUACUAUUAGCGUGGCGGAACGCGAAGAUCGCUUUGAUAGAGGCAGUAGUCGUGGUGGGUGGAGACGUGGUGGUCGUGGUGGUGGAUUCGCUGCGCGGGGAUUUGCCGCAGCCGGGCUCACCCGUGGUACGCCUCGCACGAACGGCGAGGCACGCGAUGCUGAUGAUUGACCCACGGAGUGAUUUGAUACGACCCUUUUGACGACUCAUCAUAGGUUUCCACUUUUUCAUGACUUUCAAUGCCACGUCGUGUGCGUCCGUUAAUCUCGUUUAGGUUUUUCACACAUUUUCGUGCAACACGCUGCUUUUCAUAUGAUCAUUGAGGAUACGGUAUAGUUUUCGUUGUACUCGUCCAUGAAUCAUGCCCUUUCUGCACAUCGUGUGGCUUCUGAAUUCGACAGUCGUGGAGUGUUGUUAACUUGUUAACUACAUACAGCCGAACAUGUCUGAAGAAGAUCCGGCGAAGCGACCCAUGUGAUUAAACUUGAGUAUUUAUGUCAAUCAGCCUGUACAUGUCCCUAUAUAGUGU